AUGAAUAUCUCCAUCCAGGACGGUCCUGAAGCAGGGCAAUCAGUGCCCCAUUUACAUACACAUGUGAUCCCUAGGUACAAAUUAAACAAUGUUGGUGAUUUGAUUUAUCAGAAGAUCGAUACCUGGGAUGGUAGGAGGGAUGCCUAUUUGUCUAGUAAUGGGAGAGAUGGGAGGAAGUCCAGAAGUGAUGAUUUGAAACCUGAUUCCGAAAGGGAAGAUAGAACGAAUGAAGUGAUGUAUCAAGAAGCAAGGGAUUUGAACAAGUCAUUAUUGGAGGAAUACAUGAAAGUUUUCCCUCAGGAAAAGCAAUGGUUAUGUUAA